AGUGCGAUUGAAAUAAUCGAAUAAUGGAAAAGAGCAGCGGAUAUGAUCAUCGAACUUAGCGAUAAGUACUCAUUGAUGAUAUCACGGGAUUCCAGAAACGAUAAUUCCGGAAACGCUGAUGUGACAGAAGGUGUUGAACUCAAUAACGGCUUCGAGGAGCGCUUCUGCAAAUCUGUAUUUAAAGAUCGAAAAGACCUUCCCGAUCAUUCUCCGAACGUUUUCUCGCUUACAAACGACAGAAUAGGUGUUACCAAGCAUGAUUCCGAGUUAUAUCACUGGAAAAUUACCACAGGCAAAGACAAUAACAGAGAGGCAUUACAUGAGAAAAACAAUUCAGAGCGGCGUACAGAAAACGUGGAGGAAACGUCAAAAAUCAAGAAAAAACGGAGAUUUCUAACAAUCUGCACGGCGAGCUGCAAAUACAAUGUGGUUAGACGGGUGGCUGCACGAUUCGGAAUGAGAGAAGUUACGGAGGAUAGCAGCUGGGAUCUCUAUUGGACCGAUUUGAGCGUCAGCGUAGAGCGUGCCAAGGACAUGAAGAGAUUUCAGAGAAUCAAUCAUUUUCCCGGGAUGACAGAGAUAUGUAGGAAAGAUCUUCUCGCUCGUAAUCUCAAUCGCAUGCAGAAGCUGUUCCCGAAGGACUAUAACUUUUUUCCAAAAACUUGGUGCUUUCCCGCGGAUCACGGCGACGCGAUGGCUUAUGCUAAGACGCGGAGAUUAAAAACCUACAUCCUUAAACCGGAUAUGGGCUGCCAAGGACGCGGUAUUUAUCUAACGAAACAUUUGAAGGACAUCAAACCAAGCGAACGUUUGAUCUGUCAAGUGUACAUCGCAAGGCCAUACUUAAUAGACGGAUACAAAUUUGAUCUACGUAUUUACGCAUUAAUUACGUCCUGCGAUCCUCUCAGGAUCUAUGUGUACAAUGAAGGACUCGCGAGAUUUGCGACCAGCAAGUACAAGGAACCGACCGGACAAAACAUUUCUAACAUGUUCAUGCAUUUGACAAAUUAUUCCGUUAACAAGCACAGCCGGAUGUAUGUCAUCGAUGAUGAGAUUGGCAGCAAGAGAAAAAUAUCUACGUUCAAUAAAUGGCUAAGAGCGAAAAAUAUCGACGUGGAUGAUUUAUGGGACAAGAUCGAUGGAAUUAUAAUAAAGACCUUAGUCGCUACGUAUCCCGUAUUAAAACAUAAUUAUCAUGCGUGCUUUCCGAUGCAUGAUAAAACUUAUGCGUGCUUCGAAUUGCUGGGAUUCGACAUUUUACUCGAUUGGAGACUUAAACCUUUCCUUCUCGAGGUAAAUCAUUCGCCAAGCUUUCAUACAGAUGCACAAAUAGAUAGAGACGUAAAGGAAGGGUUGUUGAUGGAUACCUUUGAUAUAUUAAAUCUGCAACAAUUCGACAAGAAAAAAAUAAUAGAAGAAGACAAGAAACGAAUCAGGGAGCGACUUCUUCAAGGCAUAAAUGGAAAGGAUUUCAGUCAAACUAAUGAUACGACAGCUUCGACAAAAUCUGUGAAAAACGAGAACGAUUAUCUGCAGAGACAGUUUCAGUGGGAAGACGACCAUAUGGGCAAUUUUCGAAGAAUUUAUCCGUGUCUUAACGAGGAUAAGUAUCAGUCUUUUUUCUCGCAGAAUCCGCUUUCGGUUUUCCAAGAUACGGUGGCGUCGAGAGCGCGAGAGGAAGCAUCGAGAAUAGAGAGGGAAGAAAACGAACUGAAAGCGAAGGAGGAAGAACGCAAACGAAUAGUCAGGAAAUGGAGCGAGCAGAAAUUAGGCUCUGAAAGUUCGACUGCGAUAAAGAAAUUCCAAGAGAAGAGCAAAUCUGCAGGCGUGCUACCAAGGAAAAACAUCAUUAAACAAGACGCACAAGGAUCUCCUACCAAUACAUUGUACUCCUUCGAGCCUGAAAUCAUAUCGGAAUCCGAAGAGAGAGAGCGAAUAACCGCCCUCGCGCAGAGAGAUUUUCUCAUCAAGAGUUAUGGUAUGUUAGAGCAGAUAUACAUGGCGAUGAAGAAGAAUGGCACGCUACGACCUGCUGACGAGAAGAAGUACGGAUUAUACGGCAGGUUUGAACAACACGCGAACACAAAUGAUAACAUGUGUUCCUCUGCGCAACAUCGACGCCAUCAUCACCAAAAUAACUCUGCAUGUAGCACGCAACAAACCACGGACCAAUGCAUACAAUGCUCUCUGAAAGGGAAUAAUCAAAAAAUGGAGGAACGCGAAUUCAACAAUUCAAACAAAACCUUGUGGAUAACUUGUAAUGAAGCGCUUGUUUAUGUUCGUCCAAAAAUACCGCAAAAAUUGUGGAUGAUGGAUAUGAGUACUAAUAAAAGUCGUGUAACAAAAGGUCAACUUGCUCGAACAUUGUCAAAUACCGUGCGGGUACAUACACUGAAGAAAAGAGAAGCCGCCUAUUCAUCGAAAUUAUAGUAAGCCAUACGUUUAUGUUUGUAUUUAUUAUGAUUCUAUAUACUUCUUCUUAUGAGAGAUAUUAACUUUUUCUAAAAAUAUAUAAUUAUAAUGUUAUAUAAAAUACAAUUAUAACAAAGUUAUUCUAGAAUCGACGUUGAAACCCAACAGAUAAAAAAGAUAGAUCUUUUGUAUGGAAAAAAUAAGAAAGAAAAUAAAAAACGCAUACGUUAUAAUAACAUAAAAAAAAUUAACUUCACAAAAAAUAUAAAAGCAAUUAAUAUAAAACUAUGAUUGAAAAAAAUGGCAAUCAUUUUAAAGCAAUAACAUUAUAUAUGAUCUUAUUCUUUCCAUUAACUUUGUUAACAUUGAUCACAUACACGUAAAUGAAAAUUAAUAACAAUAAGAUUCAUAAAAAAUAUGAGAAAAAUAAUUUUAAAUUAGAUACACACACACACACACACACACACACAUAUAUAUAUAUAUAUAUAUAUAUAUAUAUAUAUAUAUAAGCAUCUCAUUAAACAUGAAGAAAAUACUUUACAUUUUUGAAGAGGAGAAAAUUAGUGGAAAAAAGAAAUAAAUUGUAUGGUUUGUAUAAUAUUCGAAAGACCAACACAAAUCUUUAGACACAUAUUUCGUAUUAUGUAAACGAAUGCUAUUUCAAGGUAAAGAACAGUAAUAUAAAAAUCAACAAUGUAUGGAUUUGUUAUUUAAAGUGCCAUAUAAAUAUGUACAAUAGAUAUGAGUGAACAUGUACACGUCGCUUAAGUGGGAGUUAUGUGCGCUACGUAUGUAGAAUGGUCACAUACGUACGCCAAUCUGUAAUAUGUAUAACAAUUUUUAUUGCUGAUAUAUAGAUUCUGUAUUCACAUGAGAGAGAUAAAAAAUAAUGUAUAAACAAUUUUUGUCGCGUGCUGGUUUUGCCUCGUUCGUGAUAUUGCGUCCAUAUCGUUUCAUCGCUGUGCUUUUCGUAGCUUCUUUUCUCGUUUAGUCUUUUAAUUCUGUAUUGCAAUCAAUACGCAUUGUGCCCGUAAUGGACGUGUUUCUCACGUAAUUGAGAAUCCAAAGUCCCACUCUUCCGGCGGAGCAUAAUAAUAUAAUCAUAAGAUAAGGCUGUGAUGCAAAAUGGUGCGUCGAAUUGGCAACGAUAAAAAAGAGCGCAUUGCUUAAAUUUCUAAAUCGCGCGUGACAGAACUUUUUCUCAAGUUACAAUUUUUUUUUUUCCUCAUUUAUAAAACACAUCGCGUAAAAUAUGGCAGUAUAAUUUUGCAGAAUCUACGCACGUAGCGAUGCAACGUCGGUCGUCCUUUCAACUGUAAAUCACGCUUUCCAUAUUAAAUCAUUGUAAGAACAAGAUUUAAAGUGCGAAAUACAUCCAACACAUUACAAUCGGUGAAUCAUUUUUUUUUUUUAACGUGAUAUAUAUUAUUUACAUAAAAACCAUUGUGAUUGCGGCGAAUAUUUGCGCGUUUCAUAGAUUUGAUUCCCACCAUAUUAAGUCUUAGAUAUAGAAAGGCUUAUGUACAUAAAGUCAAUAGAUAUACAUUUAUGAUACCUUAUAUACUGCGCUUAUAAAAAGAGAACUCAAGUACCAUAAAUAUAUAUAUUCAUGCGAAAUAUUUCCAUCUCUGUUGAAAAAUCACCAUGUUUCGGUAUAUACAUAUAUAUUUCCACUGAAAAUAAAGGUAACUGUAUAUAUAAAGGAAGUGCAAUAAGACAAAUAAUUGGACAUAUAUAAAAUGCAUUUGUUUCGAACAGAUUUUACAGGGGGGAGUUAAGCUAUCGUCAAACAUUUAAUUAUUAUUAUCAAACAAAGAAAGGAUUAUGAAUUAUUAAAAAAUAUAUAUUGAAAUACACAUAUUCUGUGUGUCAUGAAUAAACAUGUAGCAAGUGUUUAAAAUUAUAUCAUUUAUAAUUUAAUUCUGUGAAAGAUUAAACAUUAUCACUUAAAUUACAGCUCAUUGAUUUGUACUACAAAACGAUUUCUUCCACUGCCUUAGUCAUUGACAAUGGCUGUUAUCCGCAUAAGAGUUUGUAAAUCGUUUAAUCCCCUGCAUUUUUUAACUUUCGUAAUAAAAGCAAUGUUAACAGGUUUAGUGUGACCUUCUUCCCCGUACGAGAAAAUAUAGAAAGAAGAUAUGUGAAGAUGGUAUUCUAUUCGUUGUAAUACUAAUAUGAGCAUUAUGUAAUUAUAAGAUGUGUAUGUCACUCAUAUGUGAUACGCAUGUGUUGUGUAUUGUGUUAAAAAUGAUCAUAGUAAAAUAAGCUUAAAGCAUGAAUUAUACGGAGACUUUACGCGCGACUAAUUAUUUAACAUUAAUUAAAUAAUUAAAUAAUGUAAUCAAAAUUAUUUAAUUAUAUUACUUAAUUUUAUAUUAAGAGUUUGAUGUUUCUUAGUCUGAAAAUUAAACUUUAGAUUAAAAAUAAAUUUUUAAUUAAUAUGAUCAAGAUAAAGUAGAGAUACUAAUUACUUUGAUACAAUUUUUGUAGUUUGUCAAGUUGAGUCUCCGUUUAACACAGGCAUUAAAUUCUAUCUAUCUAUCUAUCUAUCUAUUUAUCUAUAUAUAUAUAUAUAUAUAUAUAUAUAUAUAUAUGCAUAUAUGUAUACAUGUGUAUAUAUUUAUAUACAUACAUAUUUAUGUAUGCAUGUAUGUGUCUCUGUAUAUGGCUAAUAUUUCAUGUACAUAUAAAAAACUAUACAAUCCGUAGACUCAAUAAUUUUGCUUUAGCUGCCGACGGAAUUUAAUUUCCUUGUUUCUUCUAAUGGUUAAUUUCCUAUGACAAUAAUACUCAAUUCUUUUCAAUAUUCAUAUCCUCGAUAUUAUACACCUGGCAAAUGCAAAAGAUUAUGCUAGCUAGUUAAAAUUGUCAAAUGCACAUUCUUUGUUAAGAUUUCUUUAAUGUAAGUAAAUGUAAAUUUAAAACAUUAUUUCAGUUUAUUUAAAAAUAACUAGCUUUUAAUAUUAUAGUAAAUUCGAUUGCAGAUUAAAGUCUGUUGUAUACUAAUUAAUCUAAGUACAGAGAUAGGCAUAACAUAAGUAUUUUAAAUGAUAAAAUGAAUAGAUUUGCUGAACAAUGUAAUAACUUCUACUGAGCAUUUCAUUAAUCCAAUCAAUUACAUAUUCAUAUCAUUUUAUGUACAACAGUCUUUAUUUGCAUAAUUAAUUUUAAUAAUAUAGAGAUUAUGAUAUUGAGAUAAAUUAUAAAAGCAAAUAUUCAUAGGAAAGCUGCAAUUUUGACAAUAUUAUAGUUUUAUUCAUCAUUUCUUGUUAGAUUUUUAGCAAAUUAAUUUUGCACUUAACUUUCUGCCUAGAUGUCAGGGGCUUAUAUUGAGUUUAUUUCCUGUAUAUCAAAUUUUCUAUUACAAUAGAAAAAUUUGCAUGUUUAUGUCAGUCAAAUAAAUUCCUGUUGUGUGCGUAAACAAUCUUUGUAAGGAUUGCUUAAUCAAAAUAAAGUAUCAUUAUCAUUAAAAGUUUUUACACAACUUUAGAAAGAUAUACACAGUUCUUACAUCUUAAUAUAACCGCUUAAUAUAACUGCAUAUAACUCAAAUCAAGAGCUUAAACCAUGGCAAUAGUACAAUCAACUAAAUUAUGGUUAACAUAAAACAGACAAAAUUAUUUUAUAGAUUGUACUUAGCAUCCAUAUUUCUUAUAAUAAAUUUGGCUGCACUAGUACACAUUGGUGCAAAUUAAAACUUUUUGUAUAUCAAACUCUUUUCUCAUACAUUAAAAACAUAAUAUAAGUAAUUUAAUUAAAAUAUUUUGAACAUAUAUUUUAUCAAAUAUAAACUAUAUUGAGCAUUUUUUCAGUCCAAAACUUGCUUAGAUUAGACUAUACAUACAUUUUUACAUUAUAAUUUAUAUUAUAGUCUUUAAUAUGUACCAAUACUAGUGCGUUCAACCAAAUUUGUUGUUAAGCUUUUCACAAAAACACUAAAUAAUAGCUCAUUUAUCUUGUGUAUACAAAAAGCUUUUUGUUAUAUUCUGUUAUAUUGUUUUCGUUUUCUCUUUUUAUUUUAUAUAAAAAUUAUGUUAACCUAAUAAAAAUUUCUUUAUUUUUACUUAAAUUUAAAGAAGUGUUAAAAUAAAUUAAAAAUACAAUUAAAUAUAAAAUUUACCAUGGUUUCUUUUUUAUAUUAAAAUACAUGACAUAUAAAAAUAUAAGAAUUGCAGCAUUUGUAGGUAUAUCAACUGGGAGUACCAAUACUGCAUUUGAGUCUGUAUAAUUGUUUUUUUGAAUGGAGAUGGCCCAUAUAUGCUGAUUGUUUUGAGUCAUACACUUAAGUUUAAUAAAACAUAUAAAUCUAACAAUAAAAAUAGGACUUGUGACAAGUUCUUAUGUCAAUCUUCAGUAAUAAUCAGCAAUAAUUUGUUUAUCACAAUAAUAUAGCUAUAUGUCAAAGGCGAUAUAUUCAUCAAUUGCAAUAAACAAAAAUAGUUUAAAUAAUACAUGACUUGUGUAUAUAUAUAGUUUCAAACAUAUUUUCAUUUUUCGAUAAAUAAUCUGAUAAUAAAAUUAUUAAUCAAAUGUCAUCAUUAUUUGUACAUUUAAUGAUUUAUAUUUUUUACAAUUCCCUCGAUAUCAUUUCAAUAUUUGUUGAUGUUCAUGUGUCAUAUAAUUCUGAAAAUGUCGAGAAAAUCCAUAGAAUCCUUUAAUCAAUGAUUCUAAUGACAAAUGGUACUCAUAAACAUUAAUUUUGUUCACAAAAUUAUAAUAUUACAAACCGCAUAUAUUGAUUGCUAAAAGAUAAUUUUUAUUUCUAUUUAUUAAAAACGUUUAGGUAGGAUAAGACAAAGAAGAAGUAAUUGCUUAUGAUUUGUCUUUAAUAAUAUACAUUUGUUUUGCUAUUAAUCUACACAUAGGUACUGUUAAUUUUGAAUUAAAUGCAAUUAAUCGUAAGAAUACUAGGUCUUUUGCAAAUCUUAUGUUAGAUAUUUUAUAACAUCAUUGAACAUUAUAUUUAAUCCUUUUUCAUCCAAUUCAUUUUUGUUUUAAACCAAAUUCUUUUAAAAUACUUGAAAAUAUAUAUUAACAUUAUAUAUACAUAUUAAUUUUUAAAAACAAAGAAAUAUAUGAAUGCUAAAAUUGUUUUCUACAUUUUUUACAUUUUAUAAUUUAUUUGAUUAAUCAUAAUUUUGUUUAUGAACCCAUUUGUCACAAUCGCACUCAAAAUUUAAAAUAAUUUCUGAACGUUAAUUUUUCCUUUGUAUUCAUUGAUACACGCGAUUUGAAUGAUACCCUAAUAUUUCAACAAGUUAAAGCUAAAUUAUUAACAAACAGCAAAUCUUUAUAUUGUAUGCACGAUUUUGCACGUGCAUUAAUAUUUAUCAUGUGUGCUGUAGAUGUAUCUGUGUGUAUGUGCGCAAUCGUACGCGCAUAUGUGCAUGUUCCACAUAUAAACGCUAACAAAGAGUCUCUCGAGCGUCGCAAAAACGACGGGACACGAAGUGUUAUGGUUUAAACUUAAUCAGAGGUAUGGUCUUCGAAUUUAAACACUUAUCACACA